AUGGCGAUCAUCUUCAACCCCGCACCCUCUGUGCAUGAGCUUCCUUUUUGUCUGGUCUCCAGCUUUAGGUUGACCAUGUAUCUAUAUCUAGUGAAUUUUGUACACUUUGCUCUCUAUCUCCUAACCCCUGUAUGAUUUUUGCCCCACCGCACUAGUUUUGAUUUUUUAGAAUGGCUCGGACUUGUAGUCGUGGAGAGUAGGUAGAAGUAGAGACCUAAAAUCCUGGUCAGACCACUAACAGGCAGCAGCAUGAUGAUCCGCUAGGUGAUCGAUGUGGACAAAAACUGCCGGCUCGCAGCCCCGAUGUCGGUUCGCGGCAUCGAAAGACCGUACUAUGAAACUACUAUACUGCACGUACUACGUGCCACGUAGCUUCUAGCAGUUGCGACACAUGACACGCAAUAUUCAUGCUGCCGUCAAAGAUGAAAAG